AUGCCGGGGUAUGUUGCUCCUCGCAACCCUCAUGGUCAACCGACGGGUGGGUUUGAGCCCAACUCGUCGUAUCCAACCCCGCCGGUUACCGCCGCGGGCUCGCAUCGAUCCCACAGGUCUGUCGAUUCGUUUGGCAGCUGGAGCGGCGGGCUGUGUACAGCAGAGGACCAUGAGGAGUUUUGUUCUGAUGAGUAUUUGACUAGGGAGUUUGAGAUGAAGGGGGUGGAGGAAGGGAGCGAUUUGUAUUGGAAAAUGCGGAAAGACAGGGCGCAGGAGGCUGUUGAUGUCAUCUGCCGUUCGAUUGAAAGAGGGAACAGGUUGGCGGCUGGGGAUCCGACGCGGACGGUGCAGCCCAUGAUGACGGAGGGGGGGCUCUCUGGCGAAAGCUCUGUCGAGGGCUCUGUCGGGACUAAGUCUGGAAGGUCGUCGGAGUGUGAUGUGAACAUGAGGGGAGGAGAUUUCAAGUAUCUCUACAAGGAUCUUGUCGGAGACGGGCGGGGUAAGGAGAGGGUAUGGAAAUGGAGACGUCUUCAUGUGGUUGAUACGGAGGAAGGUGUGGAGGGGCGGACUGGCGGGCGCCUUGAUGCAAGCCAUGGUGAAGCUUCGGUCUCAAAACGCCUAUCAGUCUCGGCGGGGAAGGGGGUUGUGGAAGAAGAAGGUUUCGAGGUUAUUUCUGCCACGGGCCCUGCUGCCACAAACGGGCGAGAGUGCAAAAAGUUUUCUCAUCCUCUUUUCUUUGGCAGCAGUGAAAAUCAUCAACAGGGGCAGGAUAUAGACCUGGCCAUCACCAGCUCCAAUAAAGGCAACAAGAGAAAGCGGUUGAGGAGAUUUUUUGCAGGUUUUCUUCCCCGGUCAUCGACGAAAUCUUCCUCUGCUGGCGCUCAAGGCAAUCGGAUAUCCGACAUGGAGAACAGACCGGAUGAAUCACGCCGCCGACUGUCAUCAUCAUGUCCUCCUAUUCCGCCGGCUCGAGGUAGCAGCUCCCGCGCUGAGGGGAGUAAGACAAGUGUUUUGUCUCCUGGGGAUAGGAGCCCCGCCGACAAUGAAAACCAGGCACGGUCAUCGACUGAAGAUGCCUCCCAGACUAGCUCAUGGUCUGCAGCUGAUGGCGAUUCCGACAUUGUCAAAACCAACACGAACACCAGCGACACCAGUGUGGCGGACACGAGUGAUGAUGAUAAUAAUACUGCCGAGACCAACCCAGUCACAGCGAGUAUGGAUGACGACCACAUCAAUACCACCCUAGCCCAGACACUAGCUUCCAGCAUGACCAUUACCAAGGACGAAGCCCCGAGCAGCAACGAAGCCUCGAACAGCAACCAAACAGACACUACCACAGCCGAACAAGAACAAUCCGAAGAAGUCAUCGACUACGCCUCCAUGAUAGCCGAAGCAGGUGACUACUUUUUUGACCCGUUCGGCACCGAAAGCAGAGAAAAAGGCAAGGGAAUAGACAGGAGCGUUACUCCCCCUUACCUCUACCACGACAUGUACCAUCUUUGUCCUCCUCUCGAGAUCCCGGAGUGCCCGUACCCGCCACCAGAUAAUGAGGACGGGACGCCGUGGUACGUAAGGUCCGAGAAGGAUGAAGAAGAGCGUCGAGAACUUUGGAAUAACCGCCCGCAGUGGGCGAGGGAUAUUGUGGAGCAGGUUAGAAGGGAGCGGGAGGAGGCGGAUAGGUGGAGACACGAGCAGCGGGUUAGGGAUAGGUUGCCGCCUUUGGAUUUGAGAGGUCUGCCGCCUGUGCCGGAGAAGAGGAGGCAUAGGGUUGGUCAGGGUGCUGCUGCGAUGAGUAGUGAGGAUUGGGGGUUUGCUGGGAGGGGUGGGGAGGGAGUUGGGACUAGGAGAAUGGGGGUGCCGGAUAUCUUUGGGGGUGGCGGCGGUGGUGGUAGUGGUAGUGAUAGGAGAACCACCACCUUUGUUGGAGGAGCAAGCGGGCGGGAUAAUAGGUCGCUUUCUUAUGCGGAGGUUAUGAUAAAUGCCAGGAGAAAUGAGGCUGCGCAGGCGGGGGCUGCUGCUGCUGUUGCUGCGAUGCAGAGGAGGAAGAAGAGGAGGUUUGCGUUGACGGCGUUGCCAGAGAUUCCGAGGGGGUUUGGGAGGUUGAUGGGACGGGUUAUUGGGCAUAAUGGGGGCCAUGAGAACAGCGAGGUGGUGGAGGAGAGGGAGGAGGAAGAGGGGGUUGUUGAGGAAGAGGAGGAUGUGGGACGGGGUGAGAGGGUUGUGAGGGGGAGUGAGGAGAAUGAGGAUGGGAUUUUCAGUCGGUCUGUGAGGCCCUGGGUUUAA